CAGGAGACUCGGUCCUCCACUCUGCCGGAGAGAGCUGAUCGGAGAGGGGCUCGUCCGCCGCUCUCUCUCUUUUUCUUUCCUUCCUGCGUCGCCCAGGUGUGGACUCCGCCAUGACCAGCCCCAGCGCCGUGGACCCCACCAGGAUGGGGGAGGGCAAGGCCAUCGCCGUGCUGACCUCGGGGGGAGACGCACAAGGGAUGAACGCCGCGGUGCGCGCCGCGGUUCGAGUCGGCAUCUACUGCGGAGCCAAGGUCUUCUUCGUGCACGAGGGUUACCAGGGCCUGGUGGAUGGAGGGCACAACAUUCGCCCAGCCACUUGGGAGAGCGUGUCCAUGAUGCUGCAGCUGGGCGGCACGGUCAUCGGCAGCGCCCGGUGCCAGGACUUCCGCGCCCGAGAGGGCCGCACCAAGGCCGCCUGUAACCUGGUGAAGCUGGGGAUCACCAACCUGUGCGUCAUCGGGGGCGACGGCAGCCUCACCGGAGCCAACCAGUUCCGCUCGGAGUGGAGCGAGCUGCUGGCCGACCUGGUGAAGACGGGCAAGAUCACUGCGGAAGAGGCAAGGCGCUCCUCCCACCUCAACAUUGUGGGCAUGGUGGGCUCCAUCGACAACGACUUCUGUGGCACCGACAUGACCAUCGGCACCGACUCCGCGCUGCACCGGAUCAUGGAGGUGGUGGACGCCAUCACCACAACGGCGCAGAGCCACCAGAGGACCUUCGUGUUGGAAGUGAUGGGGAGACAUUGCGGGUACCUGGCCCUGGUGACAGCUCUGGCCUGUGGGGCUGACUGGGUCUUCAUCCCCGAGAUGCCCCCUGAGGAUAACUGGGAGGAUCACCUGUGCAGGAGGCUGAGCGAGACGCGAGGCAGGGGCUCACGGCUGAACGUGAUCAUCGUGGCUGAAGGCGCCAUUGACAAGAACGGCAAGCCCAUCACCUCCGAGUGUGUCAAGAAUCUGGUGGUGAAACGGCUCGGCUAUGAUACUCGGGUCACAAUCCUGGGCCACGUCCAGCGAGGGGGCACCCCUUCUGCCUUCGACCGCAUUCUGGGCAGCAGGAUGGGAGUGGAGUCGGUCAUGGCUCUGCUGGAGGCCACUCCAGACACCCCUGCCUGUGUGGUCAGUCUUUCUGGCAACCAGGCCGUCCGUCUGCCACUGAUGGAGUGUGUGCAAGUGACAAAGGAUGUGACGCGUGCAAUGGCGGAGGGGCGUUUCGAAGAUGCCAUCAAACUCAGAGGACGGAGCUUUGAAAACAACUGGAACACCUACAAACUGCUGGCUCACAUCCGCCCCCCAGAGGGGAAGAGCAACUUCAACAUCGCCAUCAUGAAUGUGGGGGCGCCCUCCGCUGGCAUGAACGCGGCAGUGCGCUCGGCCGUCAGGAUUGGCAUCAUCCAGGGGCACCACAUGCUCGCGGUGCACGACGGCUUCGAGGGGCUGGCCACUGGACAGAUUGAGCCCAUCGGCUGGGGUGGCGUGGGCGGCUGGACGGGGAAAGGGGGCUCCAAUUUGGGCACCAAGAGAGUCCUCCCAGGCAAGACGCUGGAGGAGAUCAGCCUGAACAUCGCCAAGUUCAACAUCCACGCGCUGGUCAUCAUCGGGGGCUUUGAGGCUUUCUCUGGAGGUCUGGAGCUGGUGAGCGGCCGGGAGAAAUACGAGGAGCUGUGCAUCCCCCUCGUGAUCAUUCCCGCCACAGUGUCCAACAACGUCCCCGGGUCGGACUUCAGCAUCGGAGCGGACACCGCGCUCAACACCAUCACUAAUACCUGCGACCGAAUCAAGCAGUCGGCCGCCGGCACCAAGCGCCGUGUCUUCCUGGUCGAGACCAUGGGCGGGUACUGCGGUUACCUAGCAACCAUGGCGGGGCUGGCGGCGGGCGCGGACGCGGCCUACAUCUUCGAGGAUCCCUUCACCAUCCACGACCUGGAGACGAAUGUGGAGCACCUGGUGCAGAAGAUGAAGACCACAGUCAAGAGAGGCCUGAUCCUCAGAAACGAGAAGUGCAACUCGAACUACACCACCGACUUCAUCUUCAACCUGUACUCCGAGGAGGGCAAGGGCACCUUCGACUGCCGCAAGAACGUCCUGGGACACAUGCAGCAGGGCGGGACCCCCACUCCUUUCGACAGGAACUUCGGCACCAAGCUAGGGGCCAGGUCGGUGCUGUGGCUGACGGACAAGCUGAAGGAGUGCUACAGGCAUGGACGCGUGUUUGCCAACACCCCCGACUCGGCGUGCGUGCUGGGCAUGCGGAAGAGAGCCCUCCUGUUCCAGCCGCUGGCUGAGCUGAAGGAGCAAACCGACUUCGAGCAUCGUAUCCCUAAGGAGCAGUGGUGGUUGAAGCUAAGGCCCAUCCUGAAGAUCCUGGCGAAAUACCAGAUCACCCUGGACACCUCGGAAAAGGCUCACCUGGAGCAUGUGAUCCGGAAGAGGGGGGUGGUGGAGAAGGGCCAGUGAAGUCUGUGUUGGGGGAUGUUGGGACGGGGGCAGGAUCCUGGACAGAGGUGGGGGCGGGAGACUGCUGUUUCCUUGUACAUGCGAGCACCGUCAAGCUCUUGGCUCGAUUACUCUGGUCUGUGUCAAACCUUAGGCCUGGGGAGCCCCUGCAGCUCUCUGGUCUCCAAACCAGAUCAUUAACUGAGCUUGUUAUUGAAAUGAGUGCCUGGCAGAACCAGGGUUCGGGGCACCCAGCCGUAGCUGCGAUCUUUCAGACGGCAGGCUGGGUGUGGCUCUCUCCCAGCUGUGACAUCCUGGAGCCCUUAACUGAUCUCGUGACCCAGAGUCUGUGCUGCUUCUUGGUUUGACUGCUCAGGUCAGGGUUGGCCUGAGCGAUGUCCUCUCUGUUCUCUGUCUUAUUCCGUCUCGUCUCCCCGUCUCUCUAUCUCUCUCUCUCUCUUUUGUUUUUCCUCUGUGCCAGUUGUGUGAGAUAUAGAGCUCGCUAGUUAACUUUGUAUUCUCUUACCAAGGACUAUGCUCUGCUGUGAUGGAGCACAUUAAAUAUGACCUCCUAAUGAAUA